AUGCCCGAUUCCGAACUUAAAGUUGGUAGUCGUGUUCAGGUCCAAGGCAAAAUCGGCACGAUUCGUUUUGCAGGUGCAACGAGUUUUCAAACCGGCAAAUGGAUUGGCAUUGAGCUCGAUGAACCCACUGGCAAGAACAGCGGCGUAGUUCAAGGCAAACGAUAUUUUGAAUGUCGAAUGAAUCACGGUGUUUUUGUUCGUCCUAGUCAAGUACGAGUGUUACCGUCUGCACCGUCGAGCACAACCAGCGAGGUAACGACAAUAAUAUUUCUUUGA